AUGGAGAGUUACGGGMUUGAGCUGGAAUGCGAGCAUUUCAGCUGUUCUGUGUGUCUGGAUCUCCUCAAAGAUCCGGUUUCUCUCUGCUGUGGACACAGUUACUGCAGAAGCUGUAUUGAGAGUAGCUGGGACACGGAGGAAGAAAAGGGUGAAUACAGCUGCCCUCAGUGCAGGGAGACCUUCCAUCCCAGGCCUAGGGAAAUUAGGUAUGACUGUGUUGUUCUGAAGAGGAACAACAUGCUGGCUGAGGUUGUGAAGAAGCUGAAAAAAAGAGGCCAAAAACUUCCCCUCCCUUUGGAAGUGCCUCGGACUGAUGUCGACCCAGCAGACGACACUUGUGACUUUUGUGGGCCCAGACGGAGCAAAGCAACAAAAACCUKCCUGACCUGUUUGGCAUCUUACUGUGAUGAACACGUCCAGCCUCACUACAGCGUUUCAGUGCUGCAGCAGCACGAGCUGGACUCUGUUCAGACUUUGCUGAAUGACUGUAAUGAGAUCUUCGCCCACAUGAUCUCCACCAUACAAAGAAGAUGCAGUGAAGUGGAGCAGCUUAUCAAAACUCGGGAGAAAACUGUUGUCAGUCAAGCUGAAAAGCACAAGGAGCAGCUGGAGGAAGAGCUCACCAAGCUGAGGRGGAGGGAUGCUGAACUGCAGGGCCUACUGAAUUCUGACAACCUUGUUUACUUAAUGCAGGCUGAACACACUGCUGAGAGGCCAAGAACACACAAUACAGCUGAAGACAAUCUGCCUCCCAACCACCAACCAUCUGCUUCAACUUACCUGUCCAGACAGGCUCAGGACAUCUGGCUCUUUCACCCCAUCACCAAGUAG